AAUCAACUGAUUUAAACCAAAUUAGUUAUCAUGCUAAUUAAGUUAAUCCAGAAACAGAAAAAGUAAACAAAUCAUUUUGAGAGAUGAAACGAAUCAACGAAAAUACAAAAUUUUCGUCAGUAAUUUAAUCGCAUCCUGAUUCUCGAGAUGGUGAUAUUAAGUUGACAAUAGAAAUUAACAUUGUAAUCUAAUUGAUCUAAUCAUUUUCUAAACUGAAACAAUUAACAAUUAGUUCACUUUCAAUUGGAAACAUUUAAGGAGCGAUUCGACUGCCACCUAACCUGUGGAUCGAAACUAUUAACAGCUGAUUGAAAACGUUUUCUUUUUUUUUUUUCUCAAAUUUCAACUCAAUUAAUUUCUAUUAUUUUUCUCUUCUAAAUUAGUUAAUUGUUUAACUAUGACUUCUAAAGAGAAUACGGUUUAUCAAUGUGUCCUUAUAUGUGAUUCGUUCCAUAAUCAUUUCGGUCCGAUUGGUGAACAUUAUCCCUCAUGUUUGGUUCCAUUGGUUAAUCGGCCUGUUCUUGAUUAUUCACUUGACUCUUUGAGAGUUUCUGGUAUUCAAGAGGUUUAUAUUUUUGCCUCUUUUCAUUCAGAUCUAAUUAGAUCAUAUGUAACUACUAAUUGGUUGCCAAAGUGCGAUAAAGAUUUUAGUAUUUUUGUCCACUCUUCGGAUCAUUAUUUCUCUUUGGGUGAAGUUUUGAGAGACCUUUUCGCCAAAGCAGUUAUUCGCAAUGAUUUUGUUCUCGUCUAUGGUGAUACUGUUUCUAAUUUACCAUAUAAACAAUAUCUUGAGGAAUUCAAAUUAUUAAGAGCCAAAGACAAAUUAUGUGUCAUGGCUCAUCUAUUUCGUUCAUCAUCUCCUCACCGAACCCGACGGAAAGACGAUGAGUCCAUUACCGUUUUGAACGCUUCUGACAAGAGAUUACUUUGUUAUGAAAAGAUUCAUCUUAAGAAAAUUGAUUUAGACAUUUCACUUUUCCAAAACACCAAGGACGUAGAAGUGCAUUUCGAUCUUCAAGAUACUCACAUAUCGAUCUGUUCCCUUUCUGUGUUAUCCUUAUUUGCCGAUAAUUUUGAUUACCAAACUCGAGAUGAUUUCAUUAAAGGAAUCAUGGGACAAGAAGAGAUUUUAGGUAAUACGAUCUAUGCCAAAAUAUUGGGCUCCCCUUAUUAUGCUGCCAGAGCUUUUAGUCCAAUAGCUUACGAUGCCGUGUCUCGGGAUAUCCUUCAAAGGUGGACUUAUCCUAAUGUACCCGAUUUAUUGAUGAAUUAUGUUUAUCAAAGGAACCACAUUUAUAAACAAGGAAUCUCAAAUAUCACAGCUGGAUCGAUUCUUUCUCGUAACAUCGCUAUUGGAGAUAAAACCGAGAUUGGUGCUAAUGUGGAAAUCCAUUGCUCAGUUUUCGGAUCGAAUGUUAAAAUUGGACAUAACGUAAAAAUCGAUGGAGCUUACAUUUGGGAUAAUGUAGUAAUAGAAGAUAAUUGUACUAUUAAAACUUCGAUAAUUGGUAAAAAUGUUCACUUGAAAGCUUUUACCAAUCUAAAUAGUGGAUGUCUAAUUGCUGACAACGUUAUUAUCGGACCUAAUGUAACCUUGAAAGAAGCGACUUAUGUUGGCUCCAAACCUAAAGAUGAAGAUGCUGAUCUUACUGUGGAUAUAAAAAGCCUUGGAUCAGAAGCAAAAGGUUACAUUUGGACUGAGAAUAGUGGUGAAGAUGGUCAAGAUGAUUCGGACAAUGAAUCAUUUUCACCUGAGAUUUGGGGCAUUCCCUUGGAUGAAUCUGAGCAAGAAAUUUCAUCCACAUCAAGCUCUGAAAAUGAAGCUUCUGAUAGUGAUGAUGAUUUUGGUGGUGGUGAUGGCGAUGAUGCUAAACGAUAUUAUGCUGAAGUUAUUGACAGUUUAAUCCGUGGAAUUGAAGAUAAAAUGUGUGAAAACUUAAUUGUUGAAAUUAAUGCAUCAAAACACGCAUACAAUAUUCAAUAUAAAGAUGUCGGAUUUUUGGUGAGCCGAGCAAUUAUUGAGGUCGUUUCUAAACUAUCAAACCAAGAAAGCAAAGCAACUGCAUCUCGGAUUAAAUCAAUGAUUAAACAUUUAUUACCACUAAUCUCUAAUUAUGUUAAAGAUACAAUCAACAAAAAGGAUUGCCUCAAAGCAAUGGAGGAAUAUACACUUUCCAAUGUUAAACAAUCAACAUCAGUGCCUAUUUUAGUUCACAUAAUCAGUUAUCUAUAUGAAGUUGAUGUGAUUGAUGAAGAUUCAAUACUAAAUUGGUUCAAUUCAGCUGAACCAAUUUACUCUUUAAUCUCUGAAUUCGAUCAUGACGAGAAGGAACAAAAAGUUCUAAGAUCACAUUCUAUCAUGUUGAAAUUCAUCAAUUGGUUAAAAGAAGCCGAAGAAGAAUCUGAAUCUGAAUGAAUCAGAUCAACUAAUUGAACUACAGAAAACUCAUCUCAAUUUUACAUCUUAUAAAAUUAUAUUUAUAUCUGCAAAUUAAAUUAAUCUAUUUAAUUCAAUGAUCAA